AGGGAUUUUAAAUGAUUUAUAUGUUUACUUUUUAAACUUAAGUAUAUUUAAAACAAAAUACUUUUAGACUUUUACUCAAGUAGUAUUUUACUGGGUGACUUUCACUUUUACUUGAGUUACUUUUAUAGAAAAUACCUUUACUUUAUGGAAAUUGGGUGCUUUUUCCACCACUGAUUAUUGGGGAAAACAGUUGUUCUUACUGAAGCAAGCACAUGAAUUAUCAGUCGAUAUAAUGCAUUCAUGGAAAAUCGUGAAAAACAAUUGUCAAAUUCUUUGGGUAUAUGUGUUUUGUGAAUUAAUUUGAUGCAUUGGCCUAUGCCAAAUUGGGGAAAUUAAAAUACAUCAGAAAUGGAGAAAGAAACAAACUCAUUCCACAUUUGACACAUGCUCCUUGAUCCUCUGCGUUUUCUAAAUAAUAUAGACAUUGCUUUCAAAACAUUCAACAAUAUUACAUUUUCUAAAAAAAUAAAAUGGUCAAAGUAAACCGAAAGCUCUCGAGCCCAGAUCAGCAGAUUGACAAGAGCCAGCAAGCCCGCCCUUACAACCGCCUGUGCGUACGUGUUGUUUCGCACAACCUCGUCCUCUCUGGUAGACCCGCCUGUAUGGAUACAUACGCCGGGCUGCAUCCAUGCUCAUCGCGCAUGGUAAUGUCGCGUUCGAGUGCUAUUCGGAACAAGAAAACUCCGACAUUUCCGAAUUUCUGUCCGAACACAGCACGUGUAUAAUUACAACCAGUAGAAAGUCGUACAUUUCCGAGUUUCCUAGUUCCGACUAGGAUAUGAACAAGUAUCAAUGUCACGUGUCAGUUGAGUACAGGCUGCAAGCCUGCUUUCGUGCUUGUGUUCUUUUCAACCAACUGUAUAUGUUUAUUUACAUCGAAGGAACCGCUGUGUGCGCACAAGUUAAAAACCUCUAGUGGGGAUACUUAGAUCUGAUCAUGUUUCUGCUCGAUUCCGACUCACAGCUGGACUGUAUUAGUAACUUAUUCGAAGGCGGAGAUGCUGUCAACUCAAGCAAUGUGUUGGGACAGUCCCCUGCACACUUGGCGGCAUGCAGCGGACAAGCCUUUUGUUUGCUAUGGCUACUGCAAACGGGAGCGGAUGCAAAUCAGCAGGACAACAAUGGUGAGACGCCCAUGCACAAAGCCGCCAAGGCCGGCAGUUUGGAAUGCAUCAGCGUGCUCGUUGCCAGUGAUGCCCAACUUGGACUUUGCAACAACGAGGGCAGAACCGCUGAAGAAUUGGCAUUGUCGUACGGAUUCGAGGAGUGCGGACGAUUCCUGAACACACUCCGAAUGACGCGACUCCUGACGAGCAGCAGCACUCCUCUGAUGCCUGCCGGGCUAGUAGCAUGCCCGCUGACUGGUGCCCAGAGCAGUAAGGUAGCAGGACAGAAGAGGGCACUUAUUGCCACAGGGGCCCAAGACAGAAAGAGGGCUCGAGACUGGUGAUUUUAACAAUGCACCUCUAGAAUUCUAAAAGGAGGACAAUGCUUUCUCAGCCAAGUCCAAUACAGGACAUGCAUGACGAAGUCCCCGCUACUGUGUCUGACACCAAACCUGACUCUGUUCCUAAACACUUACUGGGGUGUGUCUGUGAGUCUCCUAUGUAUUUGUGUGUCAAUGAUUGGCAAGUAUAAUGUCAGUGGUUAACUUGAAUAGGAGCAGAAUGCAUCCUUCUCCUGCAGUGACAGAGGCAGACGUGUGUUGCGGAGAUGGUUCAGAAAACUACACUCAUGUGAUGAGUAACCUUGCUUUGAGAACUUAGGACUCCUGUUAGCUCCCGCUGCUAUUGCCUAGGCUAUGGUUCAGAGGGCUAAACACUGGGAGAAUCUCAAUUCCUUACUCCCCGCUUUUUCAAUACCCAUUGGAGAAGGUCAGAGGGGAGGGACCUCUCUCAUCCAAUGGGUUUUGAGAAUGAGACGAUGAUGCGAAGUGUAUGCAAUUGAAAUCUUUCCACUGUCUUGAGGUGUGCUCAGCAUAGGCUCCGGGCCUAGCCAUCACAAGGAAACAACCACUGUGUGGAUUUCAUGCUCAGAUGCAAUAUGGGACCUUCUGAUUCUGUGGACACCAGUUUCAGAUGUACAUAUCAACUUUACACAGUCCUUUGUUUACAGUGCAAAUCCUUUGAGGUACACUCCCCUAUGUAUUUAUUGACAGUGAAGCUAUAUCUUUUAAUUUGGCUCUAUACUCAAACUGAAAAUGCAUCCAACAAGUCUGUAGUCACAUGCUUGAUGUAGUCAUUGUGUGUUAGGAAUAUGGGACCAUAUUACUAUAAUACACAAAGUGAAUUUGGCCAAAUAUUUAUGACACCUUCAAAUGGGGGACUAAAUACAUAGUGCUUUCUAAAUGGUAAAAUAGAUAUGUAUGAAAAUACCCUCAAAUAAAAGGUGACAUUCUAUAUGUUUGACUAAAUGAAAUAAAAAGCAGGCACUUCUUCAUGAAUGAGACACACGAUGGUGGCAUGUUGAGGUAAAAACAGAAUACCGACUCGUUAGUCACAGAUGAAAGCUGAAAUAAAAAGGCACAUUCAUUUCUUCA